AUGAGCCAGUGCCUGUUUAACGAGUGCGCCGCGACGGCGCUCCCGGGCCUGCAGCGCUGCCAACAGCACAAGAACCGCAGCGUGUGCUCGAUUCCCGCGUGCCCCAACCAAGUCUACGCCCGGUAUCUUUGCGUUCGCCAUGGCGGCAAGCGCGUCUGCGCCAUCGCCAACUGCCCGUUCUACGCGCGCGGCGGCCGCUUCUGCGGCAAGCACGGCGGCAACGUCUUGAAGCGCUACUGCCUCGUCGACGGCUGCUCCAAGCAAGCACAUGCCAACCAGAAAUGCGUGCGCCACGGCGGCGGCCGCUUUUGUAAAGCCGAUGGCUGCUCGUACCAUUCGCGGGCGGGGGGUUUCUGCCUCAAGCACCAGCCAGCCGAGCCAGCAACAACAACUGAAAUGCUCGAUCAUGCGAUCCUGGACAGCAUCCUCGUCAACGACGCUGCGCCACCAACGACGCAAGCGAGUGCGACCAUCGAUCCGUUCGAGAUGCGCAUCCUCGAAGACCUUCUCAACAUCUAA